ACUGUAAAGGCAACGAAAAUUUCAGAGUUUUCAAUUUAUUAUACAAUACUAUUGCUCCCAAUUUAACAUGGCGCCCCAAAAGAAGCUAAAAGAGCUCCAGAAACUGUAUGAGAAUCGUUGGAAUUAUCCGCCAGCUCAAAAGGACAGCUCAAAGGCCAAGAUGAAGUACGUAGCUUGUGGUCAGAGCCCAAUAUACGAGCAUAAGAAAAUCUACACGCCUUGCUGGAAAUCUCCAGCAAUGACAGCGGAUGUACGAUUUGGUCCUUGUUGGGAUUAUCCGCCGGAACGUUUUAGGCGUUACCCACUGCCGCCACCAUGUCGUGGAGCAACCAUUCCCCUUAAAGGCUUAAAACCCAACUUUGAUCACUGCGAGACGCUCUACACUCGCUGCGAUUUUCAACUGGAGGAGUGUGUACAUCAGCAGAUACUUGUCAUUGAGGGAAUGCUGAGGAACAUGGAGAAUCAGCUGGCAGAUGCCAAAGAGUUGCAAAUUAAGUUGGCAAAACAGAUGCGUUACCAGGCCGUACGGCGUCGUCUACUGAUCGGAUCAGCCUGUGCCAUCAAGAUCUAUCCGGAGUAUUUGAGCCAGAUGGCAGAGCAGCGAUCUCUCUGCGAGUUCCAAAAAGCAUACAAUGACAUUAAUGAAUCCAACUCUGAAUUAGCCGCAAAUAUUGUGGCAAUUAGAGAUGCCAUGGCUGAGCUGCGAACUCGUCUGGACAAGCUGGACAGAACGCUGGAGAGUCCGUUUCUAUUGGGUUUGGAAACCGUGCUUCAAACUAUACAGAAUCUAUACGAAUAUUUCUUUGAAGUGGUCCGCAAAUUCAAGACCUGGGCACAGUUGAUGGAUGCUGCUCAGGAGCACUCCAUAGAUGAUUAUUUGGCAUUGUUGCGAGGCAAUCUUGACUUUGAGAGCUUCAAACGCGCGGGCACUGAGCAGUGCACCUGUAAGCGUUGUAGAAACCAAAAUCCUCUGGAACCGUAUCUGCCCUGUUGGUGCCAAGGGCGUGAUCGCCGUGAGAAGAACAUCAGACUGGUCUCCGAAGUGCAGACCGAAACACCACAGCAGACAAGCGACAGUGAUCAUGCAGUGAAACAUAGUGACACCUCAACACCCCAGACGGAGAUGGAAAAGUUAAGUGUUGACUGAGAAUCUCUUUAAUUACUUGUAGUUCAAUAAUUUCUGGAACAAAUAAAUGCAUCUAUAUUUUGUGUGGUACU